AUGCUAAGUACAGUGGAAGGACUCCUCAUUUUCAUAGCAGUUACUGAAUCAAUACUGGGGAUUUUAGGGAAUGGAUUUAUUGUACUUGUAAACUGCAUUGACUGUGUCAAGAAUAAGAAGUUUUCUGUAAUAGGCUUGAUUCUCAUUGGCUUAGCUACUUCAAGAAUUUUUCUGAUAUGGAUAAUAAUUACAGAUGGACUUUUAAAGAUAUUCUUGCGAGAUGUGUAUUUGUCUGGAAAUGGAACUGAAUAUAUUAGUUACUCGUGGGUGAUUAUUAAUCAAUCAAGUAUCGGGUUUGCCACCAGCCUCAGCGUCUUCUAUUUCCUGAAGAUAGCAAAUUUUUCCCACCACAUUUUUCUCUGGUUGAAGGGUAGAAUCAAUAGGAUUAUUCUCCUUCUAAUGGGAUUCUUGCUUAUUUUAUGGUCACUUACUUUUCCAUCAACUGCGAAGAUUAUUAAUGAUCAUAAAAUGAACAGAAACACAACGUGGACACUCAGAGUUCAUCCGAAUAAAAAUGAAUUCUCUACUAACCAGAUUUUGCUUAAUCUAGGAGGCAUUUUCCUCUUUACACUAUCUCUGUUUACGUGUUUCUUAUUAACCAUUUCCCUUUGGAGACACAACAGGCAUAUGCAAUUGAAUGUCACAGGCUUCAGAGACCCCAGUACAGAAGUGCAUGUGAAAGCAAUGAAAGUUUUGAUAUCUUUUAUCAUCCUUUCUAUCUUGUAUUUUAUAGGCAUUGCCAUAGAAAUAUGUUUUUCACUGUCAGAAAACAAAUUGCUGUUUAGUUUUGGUAUGGCAAUCACAGUCACCUAUCCCUCAGGUCACUCAUUUAUCCUAAUUCUAGGAAACAACAAGCUAAAGCAAGCCUCUUCAAAGGUAGUACAACAUUUAAAGUGCUGUGUGUGA